UGCAUGAACUACACGUCUGUGAAGGAAGUUUUGUUCUUGGCCGGCUAGUCUGCUGUGCAUAGCUAUGCGCUUUGAAGUUCCGAUAUCCUGUUAAUCAAUUAGACCGCAAAACCAGCUGUCAACACCCAGCUUGAUAAUGCUGUAAAACGAAAAACACGUGGCUUCCAGGCGUUGAAGACAGGAGCAAAACUGCGCAUAUUGACUUGUGAGUGAUGAACCCUUUUUGGAGUAUGUCUGCCAACACUGGUCGAAAGAGAUCUGACAGUGAGGAGAAGAGUGCACCAGGAGAGCAAAGAAGUAGCCCGUCACGCUCAUCGUUUGGCAAAAAGCAGCUUCCCUGUAUCCCCAAAAAUGCAGUUCCCAUUACAAAGCCCAUGUCUCCAUCAGCCUCGGCACCAUCCACCAAUGGCACUCAUGCCUCCUAUGGUCCUUUCUACCUGGAGUAUUCUCUACUGGCGGAGUUCACUCUGGUGAUCAAGCAGAAACUCCCUGGGAUUUAUGUUCAGCCGUCCUACAAAUCGGCUCUAAUGUGGUUUGGAGUUAUUUUUAUCAGACACGGUCUGUACCAGGAUGGCGUCUUCAAGUUCACGGUUUACAUCCCUGACAACUACCCUGAUGGUGAUUGCCCUCGGGUGGUGUUUGACAUCCCAGUGUUUCACCCAUUAGUUAAUCCAGAGUCGGGUGAACUGGAUGUGAAAAGAGCUUUUGCAAAGUGGAGGCGGAACCACAAUCACAUAUGGCAGGUCCUCAUGUAUGCAAGAACUGUUUUCUACAAGAUCCAGACAGUUGAACCUCUAAAUCCAGAAGCUGCAGUGUUGUACGAAAAAGACGUGCAGCUGUUUAAAAGCAAAGUGGUGGAUAGUGUGAAGCUCUGCAACAGUCACCUGUUUGAUCAGCCAAAGAUUGAUGAUCCCUAUGCAAUAAGCUUUUCACCUUGGAACCCCACGGUACAUGAAGAAGCCAGGCAAAGGAUGUUUGUGCACAGAAGGAAGCCAGAUGAACAGACUCAAAAAGUGUCCGGGUUGUCGUGGGUGAAGCCAGGAUCGACGCAGCCGUUCAGCAAAGAUGACGGCGCACUGCAGACUUGAGCACACGUCUCCUUUUGCGUCCUCCUUUCCUUGCUAGUUUGAUCAAAAUGGCACCGGAAAACAUUCUCUUGGUUUAUGGUAAAACUCUCUUGGUCAGGUGGUUGACCACCCUCUCUUGAUUCAGUUGGAGGUUUGUCCAGAGCCACUGCACUACAUUCAGGUGGGGGGACAUUUUGGGGGAUCGUGCGAGGUAUUUAAGAAUUGAGGUACCUGCACUCGGCCCCCAGGGUAGCCCAGACGUUCAAAUUUUAGCAUUCACUUUCAGCAGUCUGAAGUCUUAAUUGAGAUACGUAAUGGAUGUAUAUUUCUAGAACUGUUGUCAGAGUAAAUAGUGUUCAGUUCGGAUGUUUGAGUUAAAUCCCAUUUGCAUACUCUUUCUUUAACACUAAGUUUUGAGGUUUGUUUUUGGUUGUAAAUAAUUUUAGCUAAAAUGAAAAGCAUCGGCUGGUUAUUUUGGGUGAGGGUCAGCGUGACCUGUUAAACAAACUACGGGCCGUGCCCUCCGCUCAUUCACUCACUCGUUCAGUCAGUCGCUGAGACUAAGCUAAGGGGGGGUCAUUUACACUUCCAUUUUAAAUUCUGUAAUGAUGUGUUGUGUGUAAAAUGAAAAUAAAAAUAUUUUAUUAGAA